AUGGUCUGUUACCCUUAUACAUACUUGUCUAUUGGUUGUCAGUUCUUCUAUACCUCUCUCUUCUCGUUCUCUCUCUCCAUCUCCUCUCUCUCUCUCUCUCUCUCUCUCUCUCUCUCUCUCUCCCCCUCUCUAUUCUUUCGCAUCCUCUUUAGUUUUCUUCUUGGCAGCCAUUCUUUCUCUUUCCUUCUCUCCUUAGUACACAUUCACAUAAUUACUUUCACGCACGCAUGCGCUCAUACACAUAAUACAGCCCUCUGUCAAUCACUCUGUAAUCUCUCCCUUCCUUUCUCUAUCGAUUUUCCAAGCGCCUAUUACUUCGAUCUAUCGAUCCGCCCUAAUCCCACCGAGAUCUAUUUCUUUGCCGCUCCAACACCGGCCUGUCACCCAUACUCUUUAUCAAACCAAGACCUAGCUGUAUUACAUGUUUACAACUAUGACGUAACUGAUACUGAUCCAAUCAGAUCACGCAUCCUCCGUCCCUCCCACCACCUCGCCCGCAUACGUGCAUGCACAUGCAUUCCUAGAGUUUGUUACAUAACGAAUCUUAUAAAGAAUUAUGUGCAACAAAGUAACAAUCACCACUCAGACAGUUGUUAA